GAAGAUGAGCGGCGGACCGGUACUACGGAAUUCCAAAUGGAAGAAAAGGCACGCGUCUAAAAAUAAAACGCCCAGGGCCAAUCACUUCUUUGCUGUCCAAAUUUCGGAUUGUCAGAUCGUGGAAGCAGUCCACAACGUUCACAGGACCAUAUUGGAGCAGGAACCCGAGUUGAGCAGCGCCCUGGUGUCUCCAUCAACUCUCCACAUCACGCUGGCAGUAGCACACCUGUCCAGCCCAGAGGAUUUGGUCAGGACCAAUCAGGUUCUGGAGGAAACGGUGAGAGUCUUCUCGACUUCCAGGCUCCAAACUCAACAGCUGGACCUCCACUUGGCACAGGUUGGCCACUUUGACAACAAAGUCAUCUACGCCAGUGUGAAAGAAGAAAGUGAAGGCACAGUGCACCUGAUUCAUCUUUCCAAAUCGUUACGUGAACGUUGCCAAACGGCCGGCCUCACGCUAAUAGACGGGGACAGAUUAACGCCGCACGUAACUCUCCUCAAAUUGUCCAAAGAUCCCAGCCUUAAUCAAAAAGGGAUCAAGGCUGUGGCCUCCCAUUUGUACGAAAAACACGUUGAUUGCGUCUUCGGUCGACAGGUGGUUGAGAGCGUUCAGUUGCUGUCGAUGACAGAUCCCAAGGACGAAAAAGGCUACUACGCUCUUAAAGGCGAAUUCCAUUUCGGAACGGCAGCAGCAGAUGAGAUAAGAACAGCAGCUCGAGACUCGAUCAAAGAAGAUGCAGUACUACCAAACUCCCCUGCUGAGAGCUACGACCGUUUCAACGGGAAUGUAGGGGCCGAGUGCAACAGCCCAUAACGCAGUAGUUGGGCUCAUGUUACGACCGUUGCCUUUUUGCCCAUCUUCCCAAUUACCAUUCCGGCUUUCAGCCAGAUAUACUACACACACACUGUGUGUAUGCAUGCGAGUACAAAUGAGUUCCGCGUGUUUUCUUUAUGGCGCAUUUCCUUUGGCGAAAUGCUGCAUCACAGUGUGCAUCUUCCCUAUGCAUAUUUCUUUCCCCCUGUGUACUUUUGAUGGCUCGUUUCGAAUAACUUUUACCAAAUUUGCCUGCGUUUCUUUUUGUAUGUUUUGACCCGUCGUGUUAUUUUCUUCUUUAAAUAACAAUAUGUUAACCAGGAGACGUACUGGUAAUAAAAAUUCUGAUGACACGGUA